CGAGUACUUCUACUACAUCGACCACCAGGGACAGCUUUUCCUCGAUGAUACCAAGGUCAAGAACUUCAUCACGUGUUUCAAAGCUGGUCUAGGAUGGCCCCAGUGAAGGCCCCGCUUCUCUGCCUGCUGCUGCUCGGGCUCCUGGUCUUCCAGGCGCACGUCUGUCCCACGCCUUGCCGCUGCUACAGCCUGACGGUGGAGUGUGGCUCUUUGGGGCUGAAGGACAUUCCAGGGAGCAUCUCCCCCACCACCCAGACCGUUUUCCUGCAGGACAACAGCAUCACCCAGAUCCGCCAGCAAGACUUGGCCUCCCUUCUGGACCUCCGGUACCUCUACAUGCAGAACAACACCAUCUCCGCCCUGGAGCCCGGCGCCUUCCACCACCAGAACCGGCUGCUGGAGCUGGCCCUGAAUGGAAACCGGAUCCACCUGAUCAACAGCAGCAUCUUCAAAGGCCUGGAACACCUGCGGGUCCUUUAUCUCUCCGGCAACCAGAUCACCCGGCUCCCGGAUUUCACCUUUUGUGAACUGGAGAGGCUCCAGGAACUUCACCUGCAGGAGAACAGCAUUGAGUGUCUGGAGGACCAAGCGCUCACCGGACUGACCUCGCUAGCUCUGCUGGACCUCAGCAAGAACAACCUGCGCACCAUCAGCCGGGUGGCCCUGAGACCCCUCAUCAGCCUGCAAGUGCUGAGGCUGACAGACAAUCCAUGGCGAUGCGACUGCGCUCUGCACUGGCUCAGCAGCUGGAUCCGAGAGGAAGGCCAGAGGCUCCUGAGCCCCCAGGACAAGAAGAUCGAGUGUUCGGAGCCGCCCCGCCUGGCCUACCAAAGCCUCGCCGACGUCUCUGGCAACAGCUUGAUCUGCAUCCCGCCGGUCGUGCAAGUGCAGCCCCUCGAAGUCACGGCACGGCUGGGCGACGACCUGCGCGUCUCCUGCCAGGCCUCGGGCUACCCACAGCCGCUGGUGACCUGGCGCAAACUGGCCCACUGGCGGGCCGGGGGCUCCAGGGGAAGCCGGACCCACCUGCCCAGCGGAAGCUUUGAGCUGAGGGAGCGCAGCAUCGGGGAACGCUUUGAGCAGUCGGACACCGGCAGCGGAAUGCUGUUCCUCAACAACGUGACGGUGUCCCAUGGCGGGAAAUACGAGUGCGAGGCCUCCAAUCCCGGCGGGAUGGCCCGGGUGGUCUUCCACCUCAUGGUGAACCUCUCGCACCAGCAACAACAGUCACAGGGCUACCCGGCUUCGGUGGACAUCAGCCAGGAACCUCUUUACGACAUGGAGAGCAUGGACUUCCACGCCCUGGGCAUGGCCACGCAGACGGCCAUCGCCGUGGCCAUCUCCCUGCUGGCCCUGGUGGCCCUCCUGUUGGUCAUCAUGAUCUACCGCAAGCACCGGAAGCGGAAAAAGGCCAAGAAGGAGGAGAACAUCCUGUACGUCAACGACUACUCGGACGGGCCCACCACCUUCGCCCAGCUGGAGGAGUACCGAGACGAGAGGGGCCACGAAAUGUUCGUCAUCGACCGCAACAAGCCCCUCUUCGCCACCUACAAGGACCCCGAAGGCCUGGCAGGCGGGGUCUUCCCGGAGCAGCUGCAAGACCAGGCGACUCAGACUCUGGAAGGAGAAGAGGAGGCCCCCCAAGAAGGCAGCGAGCUCUUUGCAAACCAGGGGCUGAUGCUCCAGCCUCAGGUAGCGUACGAAAUUCACUGCUGAGUGGAGCUACGGAAGUUGGGGUGAGCGGACUGCCUUCCCCCACAAUGGAGCGGUUUUGUUGACUUCCUCCUACCGCUGUCUGCUUAAGUUCAGGGCCUUGAGUGGAGGAACCUGUGACCUGUGGUGCACCAUCCCACAGGUUGCAGACAGGACUCGUGUGUCAACUCCUAACGUCACCCUUAGGAGAGAAGGGCGGGGAGCACAUUCUACGCAUACUUUCGGCUAAAGUCGGACCUCAGAUUACUCCAGCAGGCUUGGGAGGGGUGCACCUCAUUGGGGAAUGUGAUUUAUGACACAUACUGAGGGGAGGGAAGGAACAGGGGUGAAGUUCAGCCAUAACUCAAACAAAGCUCAUAUCUGACUGCGGAAAGGCCUUGCCUAUUGGUGCUCCUAAUAAAUGACUGGUUUUGUAUUUGAAACUUGGCUCGAUACUCAUGAAUCA